AUGAAGUCCUUUGGGAACCCUGAUCUGGUAAACAGGCUACACAUAUUCCUAACACCUUACGACAAGGCUUUGCUCAACACGAAGAGCAGCAGUUCAGUCCCUCUCACUCCAACGCUGCUGGGAAAGGCGUUGGGUUUAACUGACUUUGUGACACUCUGUGCCUCUUGCCUUGCAGGUGUGGGUAUGGCCAUGAGAAAAAUGGGAAGCAUGGCCAAACCAGAUGUUUACAUUAUUAAGGAUGGGGACACAAUCACCGUAAAAACAGAAAGCACCUUCAAAACUUCACAGUUCAGCUUCAAGCUUGGUGAGAAAUUUGAGGAAAAUACCUUAGAUGGCAGGAAAACUCAGACCCUUGUCAGCUUAAAAGAUGAUGGGUCAUUGAUUCAGGAGCAGGAAUGGGAUGGCAAGAAGACCAUAAUAACACGGAAACUAGUGGAUGGACAAUUGGUGGUGGAAUGUGACAUGAAUGGUAUCAAGUGUAUUAGAGUCUACCAGAAAGCAUGAGGGCACCUUCACGUUCAGUAGGAACUUGCUACAAACAACUCAGUUCAGUGGACAGAGCUCCUUUACACUCCGUAUUUUCCUUUUCCCUGUUUUCUAGUAUUUCAAUGGACUGAGUAGCUGAGUGCAAUCCUUUUUAAAAGCCGUGGUGUAACUAUUAUGUAACUAUUCUGAACUUAUGAGGCUAUUAAAUAAAAUUGUCAAAUAUAUGAAGUGGAAAUGUUGUUACUAUAGUGGAAUUUUAAAGUGAGGUUUUAUAAAAACUCAGUUUGGUUUUAGGCUCUACUACAAACUGCCUUCAGUUCAAGAUAAUGCAAUAUAUGGCAACGAACAGUUAAUAGCAAGCUGAAUUUUGACCAGCAUCCUUAAUUGCUAAGGUAGAAAAAUCUGAAAUAGAAAAAUCAUUCAGAGUUCAGGCUCUAGAGUUGUUUCUAACUUGCAUGUUACAAAGUAAAUAGAAUUGGUGGGUAUAAAAAAGAGAUAAGCUUUGUUGGUGUUUAAGUAGAGGAAUGUAUUUUGAGGGGUUAGUUCAUUUUUUCAUGUUUCAAACCCACAAACUUAGCUGAAAAAAUAUAUGCUGGUGAGCCAACGGACAUGAUAAACUUAAGCAAACACAUACAUGCUUUACUGAAAGGAAGCCUUAUUUUGAGAAGACUCUUUGUUUUCCUAGAAAAAUUCUUAUUUCCUGUCUAGUAACAUUCUAAAAAUUCUUAACCAAAAUCUACUGAAAUACUGCCUAAAACUUAAAACCUCAUUUUAUUUUUUUUUUUAAACUAGCUUGAAACACCUAGCAAUGGAGUUUAUAUGCUUUAAAGUGCCAUAAUAAAUAAUCAGAAACAUCA